CAUUUUGGUGUUUACAUCCAUGCUGUUUUGUGUUCAGUUUGUUAUUGUAGCUGCAGCGGUAAAGUGUUAAUUAUACGUUUGCAAAGAGUUAAGAGAAACAAUUCGCUUAAAAAAUCAUGUUGACUAAUGCUAACGCUUCGGGAAUUCCUGACAAAGGAUGGCAACCACACUUCGUUGUUCUGGAGACCACAAUGGGAGAAAUAACCAUCGAACUGUAUUGGAAGCAUGCUCCGAACACAUGUCGAAAUUUCGCAGAGCUCGCUCGCCGUGGUUACUACAACAACACCAUCUUUCAUCGAAUCAUCCGCGAUUUUAUGAUUCAAGGUGGAGAUCCCACCGGUACUGGUAGAGGAGGCACAUCGAUUUAUGGACAAACGUUUGCCGACGAAAUAAAUCCCGAUCUGAAGCACACCGGUGCUGGAAUAUUGUCGAUGGCUAACUCGGGACCGGACACAAAUGGCUCACAGUUCUUCAUAACACUGGCGCCAACACAAUGGUUGGACGGAAAGCAUACGAUUUUCGGUCGAGUUUCGUCGGGCAUGCAGUCGGUCAAGCGGAUCGGCUUGGUGGAGUGUGACAAAAAUGACAAACCCAAUGAAAAUGUGAAAAUUGUUCGAAGUAAAAUUGAGAAGUUCUAAGCA